UGUGUUUGUGUUUACAAUCGGUUUGUCUUUGAUUUGUUGAGUGGUUUUGUCUCAAGACAUCUGAUCCCAUAAGUGAUGCCUAAAGUACACGAAGAGGUGCUGAUGAGGAAACUCAAGAAGCGAUUGAAGCAUAAGGAGAAGCAACGCGUGAAGAAUCGUGAGCUCCGGAAGCAAACGGACGAUCACUUGGAUGACGAGGCCGAUGAUGUCGAUGAAGACACGGGUGACCACAGAAAGAGGACAAUUGGCGAUAGGGUUGAGACAAAUAACAAAAAGUUUAAAUCAAGUGAAGAGCCGACUGUCGGAUCAAAUGAAGAGAUUGAUGGCGACGACGACGAAAAUGGCGAGGAAUGUCCACCACUGGUGACAGCGGACAGCAUUCCCUUUACUACAUCGCUGACAGUCACCCGAUUUGAUGAGCUGAAGGACAAAGUGUCUGAUUUGACACUCAAUGCCAUCAAAGACAUGGAAUUCUCGCAAAUGACUGAAAUUCAGUCGAAAACCAUUCCUCACCUCUUGGAGGGAAAGGAUCUGGUGGGCGCCGCCAAGACUGGAAGCGGUAAAACUCUGGCCUUUUUAAUACCGGCUAUAGAGUUGAUGUAUAAGUUGCGGUUUAUGCCCCGAAACGGCACCGGUAUUCUCAUCAUAUCGCCCACUCGGGAGCUAUCGAUGCAGACGUUCGGUGUACUCAAAGAGCUGAUGAAAUAUCACAAACAAACGUAUGGCCUGAUUAUGGGCGGCACUAAUCGCCAAUCGGAGGCCUUGAAGCUGACCAGAGGUGUGAAUAUAGUGGUGGCCACUCCGGGCCGGCUGUUGGAUCACUUGCAGAACACCAAACAGUUCCUGUUUAAGAACCUCCAGAGUCUGAUCAUCGAUGAGGCCGACAGGAUAUUAGACAUCGGCUUCGAGGAGGAGAUGAAAGCCAUUGUCCGACUCUUACCGCAGAGGAGACAGACGAUGCUCUUCAGCGCUACGCUCACGAAGAAAACGGAUGACUUGAUUGCUACUCAAUUAUGUGAAUAA